AUGUUCUCCGUCAUCAUACCAGACCAUCCGUGCCUCACAGACAUCGUCGCCGUCGAAACACAACCAAACGGCCAAACCACAAAAUUCGCCUUCAAUUUCCCCCUCCCGCCCAAACUCACUGAACUCGUCGUCUUCUUCCUCCCUGGCACUGUCCUCCCGCCCGAUACCGCCGCUGCGAUUUACAUUCAAUUCCCUGACCCGAACAACAAUGCACCUCAGUUCAAGUUUAUCGGAGCGCUAGCGAAUGAAAGACCCUCUGCGAUUCUUAAAGUCCAGGCGCCGCAAAUCCCAGGACUACAAAAUGGUAAUGCGAUGGCCGGCGCAGCUCCAAUGGUGACGUUGGGGAUCUCGCUUGAACCUGUUCAAGCUGUUGCACCGCAGGUUGCUGCGCUGGAGGCGGAGCAAGCUGGUGGUGGCGCGGGGCAGUCGCUGGAGUUGGUACGACAUAACCGCCAGCAGAAGGAAAUUACCACGAAGGUGCUGGCGCAGAGGAUUAUUGGGAAUGCGUUUAAUUUCUUGGCCAGCUUUGCGUCCGAGGAUCCGAGCAAUAGAGGACAGGAAACUGUUCCGUUGAAGACGUUUCGCGAUUGGUGGACGAAGUUUGAGAGGAAGGUCGAGAUGGAUCCGACGUUUUUGGAGAGGGAGGAUCCGUCGGCUUCGGGGUGA